GGCAGGCACAGAGUCUAACAAGAAGCUCACAGAGUGCUCUAAUCUUCUCAAUAAUUGAGUGAAGACAUUGAGUAUAAAAAAUCCAAGUGGUAAAGACAGGAAAUCAGUGAUUCAUGUUUCAUGAUAAAGGCCUCUUUUUCUAAGUUUCUCCGCACAGGACUUCUUGCAAUGUCCCACCGUCCACUUCCAAAGGCCACAAACCUCCCAUCUCCAGCAGUUCCAACCACUAGCUUCAUCUCUCUCUCUCUCCAUUUCUAGGGAUUCUCCAAGUCAACUUCUUUUCUCUAUUUCUGUUCUAGAUAUACCAGUUAUCCCACUUCCUUCAAAGCAUGGAGAAGCAAUCGCAAAUUCCGACUAGAUUUAUGGACACUGAAGAGGUUCCAUCAGCUCCUUCAACCCCAGCAACACCAGGGACUCCUGGUGCUCCUCUCUUUGGUGGGUUUAAGGGGGAGAGAGGCGUUCACGGUAGAAAAUCUCUUUUGAGAAGUUGCAAGUGUUUCGGUGUUGAAGAAUGGGCUAUGGAAGAAGGAAGAUUACCUCCUGUCUCUUGCUCAUUGCCCCCUCCUCCUGUCUCACUUGCUAGAAAGUUGGGAGCUGAAUUCAUGGGCACUCUUAUACUGAUCUUCGCUGGGACGGCCACAGCCAUUGUUAACCAAAAAACACAAGGUUCAGAGACUCUCAUCGGCCUUGCUGCCUCUACUGGAUUAGCUGUGAUGAUCGUUAUAUUAUCAACCGGCCACAUCUCUGGAGCUCAUCUCAACCCAUCCAUCACCAUUGCAUUUGCUGCCUUGAAACACUUUCCAUGGAAACAUGUGCCGGUGUAUAUUGGGGCACAAGUAUUGGCAUCACUGUGUGCUGCAUUUGCUUUGAAGGUGAUAUUUCACCCUAUGAUGGGAGGGGGAGUCACGGUUCCUUCCGGGGGACAUGGUCAAGCUUUUGCUUUGGAGUUCAUUAUUAGCUUUAUCCUCAUGUUUGUUGUCACUGCUGUGGCCACCGACACAAGAGCUGUGGGGGAGCUGGCGGGAAUCGCGGUAGGGGCUACCGUCAUGCUCAACAUACUCAUAGCCGGGGAAACAACAGGGGCAUCAAUGAACCCAGUCAGAACAUUAGGGCCAGCCAUAGCUGCAAAUAACUAUAAAGCCAUAUGGGUUUACCUCACUGCCCCGAUCCUCGGGGCAUUGUGUGGAGCAGGAACUUACUCUGCUGUCAAGCUGCCUGAGGAAGAUGGUGAUACUAAUGAAAAAACAUCAGCUACAAGGAGCUUCGGGAGGUGAUUAUUCAACAUGAUCAACAAACCUGCACAAAUAAUCCCAAAAUGCUGUUAGAUGAAGUGCAGAUGAAGAAAACGAGAUGAAGCUACUGCACAUUGCAUUCUAGUGGGUCUAACAAAAAAUUAAGAUGAAAUGUGAAUAUGUUGGCUUUUACCAAUGUAUAUGAAGAAAUUACUUUGCGGUGCUAGCUAUCUCAGAUGGAAGUGAUAUAACGUUGUCUUGAAAUACAUGAGACUAAAUUGGGCGCA